AAAUCCAGAAACGGCUAAAACAAAUACAGUUUCUAAAAGUUCCCUGCCGUUAGCUUUCUCGCCAUUCUCUCCGUAAUUACCCCAAAACCUCAGUCUACAUCGCCAUCUACCCGCUUACACUAUAUACCUGAAAAGCCAACGCCAACGCCAACGCCAACCCACCACGCUCCAUCUUCUCGACUUCGCCCAUUUAUUUUCUCACUUUCCUUCUCCAUCCCUAUAAUGCGCGAUGGCGUGCGCUACGCAGCCCUUUUCCUCUCUCCCUCUCCGCCUCCAACCCCCGUCAACAAUCACUUCGCCUCCGCCAACCAAAGCAUGCUCCUCUCUGUCUUUUUGGCCCUUUUUCUCCCCUGCGUCGGCAUGAGCGCUGUUUUUCUUGUUUAUAUUUGUCUCCUCUGGUACGCUGCAAAUAAUAACCAAACGGAAAUCGCAUCGCCUGUAAAGCAGCCGGCGGAGAAGGGAUUGUCAGCAUCUGAGCUUGAGAUGUUGCCUAAAAUAACCGGAAGGGAAUUGGUUAUGGGGACGGAGUGUGCGGUGUGUCUUGAGGAUAUUGAGAGCGAGCAACCCGUGAGACUGGUUCCCGGUUGCAAUCAUGGGUUCCAUUUGGAAUGCGCUGACACUUGGCUCUCAAAGCAUUCUGUGUGUCCGGUUUGCAGGGCCAAGCUUGAUUCCCAGUUUUUCAUCGCUUCUAAUGAGAAUCCUUGCUAAUUGAUGAAUUCUGAAUUUCUGAUCAAGAAUGAGAAAGAAUCAACAAGGAGAAGGAGAAGAAUCUGCUCUGCUCUGUUCUUUGGCGGUGACUGGUGACUAUAUAGAUUAGAAUUAUUGUUUAGGGUUGCUUAAUUAAUUACUGCAGUACUUAAUUAAUUAUUGUUUGUGUUGUGUGUUUAGCAGUAGCAGAGAAGGUCUAAUGGAUGAUUAGCGACCAAUGAACACCAUUAACACCAUUAAGAGAAAAACGUUGGCUGCGUCGCAUAUGCUUAUGAAGUCAGUUUCGCACUUUCA